GGUCACAGGAAGCUGCCUGGCGGACAUUUUGCCUCGGAGGGCACGUGGUACUUCCGAUACGCACACCAGGCACAUGUGUGACUUCACGUGCUUGGUGGAUCUUUCUCUGAUUGGUGAUAAAAAAUGCUGUAAUUUCGCAUUUUGGAGUGAAAUAUAUAGUUCUUUAUUACUCUCGAGGGUGUGACGCCGCUCAUCAUGCCGAAGCUAUUCAUCCUCUACGAGCACGCCGCAGGCUACGCGGUGUUCAGCGUGAAAGAGUUCGAGGAGAUCGGCAUGCUGCUGCCCCAGGUGGAGGCGUCAGUGACCGACCUCUCCCGCUUCAACGCCAUCGUGAAGUUGAUCGGCUUCUCCCCCUUCAAAACAGCCCUCGCAGCGUUGGAGAGCAUCAACAGCAUCUCAGAAGGCAUAGUCCCGGAGGACCUGAAGCUCUUCCUGGACACCUGCAUCCCGAAACCCGAGAAGAAAUCCAAGUACCUCCUAGGAGUGUCAGACCCCAAGCUCGGCGCCAGCAUCAGCGAGACCCUGAGCAUAAAAUGUGACCACACAGGAGCAAUUCCCGAGAUAAUCCGAGGCAUUCGUUUCCACUUCCACCACCUGGUGAAAGGUCUAACAGCCCAGAGUUCAGGAGUCGCCCAACUGGGCCUGGGCCACAGCUACUCCCGAGCUAAAGUCAAAUUCAACGUCAAUCGUGUCGACAACAUGAUCAUCCAAAGUAUCGCUCUCCUCGAUCAACUUGACAAGGACGUCAACACCUUCAGCAUGAGAAUCCGCGAGUGGUACAGCUACCACUUCCCCGAGCUCGUUAAAAUCAUUCCCGAGAACUAUACGUACGCAAAAGUCGUUAAACUGAUAAAAGACCGAAAGGAAUUGAACGAGGAAAAGCUGGAGGCCCUCGAGGAGAUCGUGAUGGACAGUGGGAAGGCCCAGGCGAUCAUAGCGGCCUCGAAAACGUCGAUGGGGAUGGACAUAUCAGCAGUGGACCUCCUGAACAUCGACAUGUUCGCUGGGAGAGUGAUCGCCCUUGCGGACUACAGAAAGCAGCUGGCCGAGUACCUCAGGACGAAGAUGAGUGGAGUUGCUCCCAACCUGGCGACCCUCAUUGGAGAUCAGGUUGGAGCUCGGCUGAUUGCGCAUGCUGGAUCGUUGACAAAUUUGGCGAAAUAUCCGGCGUCAACUGUGCAGAUCCUGGGGGCGGAGAAGGCACUCUUCAGAGCUCUGAAGACCAAGGGAAAUACUCCAAAAUAUGGGCUUCUCUUCCACUCAACGUUCAUUGGAAGAGCGGGGACGAAGAACAAGGGCAGAAUAUCGAGGUAUCUUGCGAAUAAAUGCUCGAUUGCCUCGAGAAUCGAUUGCUUCACUGAUAUUCCAACUACUGUUUUUGGGGAGAAACUCAGACAACAAGUGGAGGACAGACUCAAGUUCUAUGAAACUGGAGAUAUUCCGAAGAAGAAUAUCGAUGUUAUGAAGGAGGCACUGGAGGAGGCCGCCCUGAUCGUUGGGGCGGAGGAGGAGAAGAGUGCAGAGGCUGAUGAGUCCAUCAAGAAGAAGAAGAAGAAGGCGAAGAAGAGGAAGAAUGAGGAGGCCAAUGGGGAGCUCAAUGGCGAGGCCAAUGGGGCUGAGGAGGUCAAUGGGAAGAGCGAGGUGAAUGGGGAUGCGGAGGAGGCACCCCCUAAGAAGAAGAAGAAAAAGAAGUCGAAGAGCAUUACUGAGUAAUUUUUGCUCACCUCGUCAGGGGAGAUUAAUACAUUUUUGUAAGGUUUCGUGGUCACUUUGUGAGGAAAACAGUUUUUUAUGGUAAUUCUUGACUUUAUUACAGUACAAUAGACAGAUUUUGACAGGCAAAUGGAAAACAAGACUUCAAUGAUUCCUCCAAUUCCAGUAAAAAAUACAGUUGUAAUAUUCCGGAUUUUUUGUUAAGGAAAUAGAGUGUAAUUGCAACUUUUUUCGUCUCACCAAGAUUACGGGGAGAUUUAAUAAAUGAAUAAUGCAGAAUUAAUUGUAUUUUUUUAUUAUUCCGUGAGAAAAAUGAAUCUUUCGGAAUUCAGGAUGAAAAUAAAAUGAAACGACAUUUAACACCAGCACCAAUGAGCAUUUUUAAUGAAGAAAAAAAAAUAAAAACUAUCGACAACAUAACUACAACCAUAAAAUUGAAUACAAUGGUAUAAACAGAAUGUCUUCAUGAAUCGAUACGAGAAAAUAAAAUUCGUUUAAUGAUUA